AUGAUAAGCUUCACUGCCCUGCGAGGGAUAUUCCUCCCAGUAAUGGUUGUCACAUUACCGCUACCAUCCACGAUAACACAAUACUUCCCGACUAGGCUGGUAUCGUUUCUACAAUGGUUUGCCUUUUGGACAUUUGCCGUUCUCCUUAUUGUGCCAUGGCUGUUCUGUGUUUACAGGCUGGUGACGAACUCACUCGGUAGAACCAAGCGCAUCAAAGAAGUCCUCGACGACAAAACAGCACCAAAGACCGUCAUUGUCAUGCCAGUUUAUAAAGAGGACCCAGCAAUUCUGAUCAAAGCAGUGAAUUCGGUUGUCGAAUGCGACUAUCCGCCUCAAUGCAUCCAUGUAUUUCUCUCGUACGACGGCGACCAGGUUGACGACUCGUACCUUGCAGUCGCGACCCAUCUUGGCAUUCCGAACAGCUUGAAGAGAUAUCCAACCAGUAUAGAUGUAACCUACAAAGGCGCAAGAAUUACACUAUCCCGGUUCAAGCAUGGAGGCAAACGGCAUUGUCAAAAGCAAACAUUCCGCCUGAUCGACAAGGUUUAUGCUAAAUACCUGAUCCAGAACGAUAACUUGUUUGUUCUAUUUAUCGAUUCAGACUGUAUCCUCGAUCGAGUGUGCUUGCAAAACUUCAUGUACGACAUGGAGCUUAAACCAGGAAGCAAGCAUAAUAUGUUGGCUAUGACUGGUGUUAUCACCUCAACUACCCAAAAGACUACCCUCAUCACGCUACUCCAGGAUAUGGAAUACAUUCACGGACAACUCUUUGAACGGUCGGUGGAGUCGGGAUGCGGUGCCGUUACCUGUCUUCCCGGUGCCCUUACCAUGCUACGAUUCUCUGCCUUCCGAAAGAUGGCAAAGUACUAUUUUGCGGACAAAGCCGAACAAUGCGCUGAUCUCUUUGACUUUGGAAAGUGCCAUUUGGGAGAGGACCGCUGGCUCACACAUCUGUUUAUGAUCGGGGCUAGAGAAAGGUACCAAAUUCAAAUGUGUACCAGCGCAUUUUGCAAAACAGAAGCCGUGCAGACUUUCAGCAGCUUGUUAAAGCAGAGAAGGCGUUGGUUCUUGGGCUUUAUCACGAACGAAGUGUGCAUGCUUACCGAUAUAAGGAUAUGGUAUCGAUAUCCCCUUCUCUGCCUUGUUCGUUUUAUGCAGAAUACGAUUCGAACCACUGCGCUGCUAUUCUUCAUUAUGGUUAUCUCGGUGAUUACAACAUCUAACAAGAUACAGAAUCUUCCCGUUGGAUUCAUUGCGGUAUCACUUGGAUUGAAUUACUUACUCAUGUUUUAUUUUGGAUUGAAGCUGCGCAGAUUCAAGGCUUGGUUAUACCCGAUUAUGUUUCUGUUGAACCCGUUCUUCAAUUGGCUUUACAUGGUUAACGGAAUAUUUACUGCCGGCCAACGAACAUGGGGUGGCCCGAGAGCAGACGCAGCCGAAGCUGACGACAAUACUUCUCCAUCCCAGGCGGCUGAUCAAGCUAAGGCUGCCGGAGAUGAGCUCAACGUGAACUUGGAUACGUUCCCGCCUGCCACUCAGGGUAAAGAGCCCGUUCCAGUCCAACCGCCAGAGGUAGCCGAGGGACGCUUUUCUGCACCUACCCUGGGCCCAAAUGGCUGCUACGAGAACACCAACGCGUCAGGGGUCACACUCCCUACUCACUAUACAAAUGGCGAAGUGGACUCGCGUCUCUCCUUGGAUUCUAAUUUCACAUCAAAUUCAAGGGCAACCUCGAUAGGCUGGCCAUGCGGCCUGCAAUCUCUCAUAGACGAGGACAAAAACAACGUGUACAUGACAACGGAAGACCAGAAGAAGGUAGAAAUGGCCCGCCAAAGCGGGCUUCACGGCAACCGCAAUCUGUCCCUGGGCGAGUUCAACAUGGGGGUCUCACCCAGCCGAGACCGAUCAGGUUCCCCCGCUGCCAGCUCACCCGCGAGCCGAAAGAGUGUCUCCUAUGAUUUCCCUACCCCUGAAGGUCCGCUAGGGAACUUACCUUUGGCCACCCCGGAGUGGCCCAAGCGAGCUCGCACUGCGCGAAGCCCGUUAGGCAGAGGCUCUUCGGACGGACAAUGCCGUGACGAGAAGAGGCACGACUCUCUUAGCAUUCACCGCCAGAGCCUGGCACUGGAGACUGACGAUGAAGGGACGUCAGAGGAGAAACGGGGCAGACGCCGUAAACGACUGACCAAGACUCCACGACCGGAUGAUAUCAUGACGAGACGACUAGAAAUGACCGGGGCAUGA